UCACAGGAAGAUUCUCCCCGACAUGUCCCGACGUCGGGAAAUGUUAUCAUUGAAGCUGAUUCACCACUUGCUCUGGAACUCACUGCGGAAGCACUUCCCGUGAAGGUAAAAAUCCCUCAAAUUGGCAUGUAUGACGGUACCUCGGACCCGGAUGCACACCUGGGCCAUUAUACGUCGUGGAUGGAUUUACAUGGGGCCUCAGACGCCCUGAGAUGUCGGAUGUUCUCUCUUACACUGGGGUCGCGAGCGCAGAAGUGGUAUUAUACUCUCCCCCCGCAUUCAAUUUGGAAAUGGCAACAGUUACGAGCGGCUUUCCGAUCACACUUCAUCGGAGCUCAAAUCUGCCUCAUCCCGAAGGAAUCAAUUACUAAUAUCGUUCAAAAAGACGAUGAAACUGUUAAGGACUACGUGUCUCGUUUUAAUGAUCGGAUUCAGAAUAUGGAACCUUGUCAUCCUGAGACCUUGUUAGUAACUGCAAUUGUUGGGUUGAAGCCCAACUCGAUGUUUCGUUGGACCCUGUGCCAGAACAAGCCGACUACAUUCCAGGAAUUUCUUGUACGAGCUCAACAAUUCAUCAUAGCCGAGGAGUCGAUGUCAGUUCCCAGCUUCGACUUCUCGAUAAAAGAAAACAAAACCGAAUCAGAUGCGAAAAAGAAAAAUAAGAAGAACUUUGGGAAAGCACAAUUUCGGAAUUUCUCCAAGGGAUUUGAGAAUACUCCAGAAUCUAGGGCUGCUCGCGAUCAAUAUUCGGAUAAUGUCAGGACAGGCUAUCAAGCCGUUUAUUCAGCUGGAGCAGCUACCAUAUAUGAAGAACUAAAAGGAAAAGGGAUUAUUCCGGACCCAAGACCCGUGAGGACCCCUGAUGACAAGCUGGAUAAAUCUCGAUACUGUGCAUACCACAAAUCCCGGGACAUAAUACCGAUGAAUGCCUCGCUCCGUGCUGCUGUGUCAAUUUUUCAUUAUACCUUGAAGUUCCCUACCGUUGAAGGGGAAGGCACCCAUUACGGAGAUCAACGGGAGGCCCGUAGUCUGACAUUACUUUCUGCCUCGCGCAGCUUUCAUAUGGUUGAAGAGCAGGAGACUGAUAGCUUUACUGGGUUGAGAAAUCUUCCUUUUCCUGAUGAUCGAAGGACUACUCAAUUUGCAUCAGAUACCGACAUCCCCCUUAUAAUUGAUACCGAUGUCCCUAUGAUGUCGGAUUUGUCUGCAACAUUGAAUGAAGCCCUUGACCCAGAACAGUCUUUUCAUGGGGAAGACACUGGGACACUUGAAGAUAUAGACCCUCGGAUGCCAUUUAAGGAUAAAAACCACCAUGUCCGAGCAGAGCCAGUUGAAGAUGUUGAAAUAAUUUAUGUGGAUGGUCUGGUUCAAGAAAAAUCAUUGCGUAUUGGGGCCAACCUUCAAGAACCCAUGCGUUCGUGUUUGGUCCAAUUUCUCCAGUUGAAUUCUGAUGUGUUUGCUUGGAAGCACGAAGACAUGAAAGGGAUUGACCCGCAGAAGGCGUGUCAUCGUUUGAAUUUGGACAAGACAGUCAAGCCCGUUAUACAGAAACGUCGGAAAUUCGGCCCAGAUCGCCAGAAGGCCCUUGAAGAGGAA